AAACCGACAAACACAGCCGAUUAGAGGUGCUUCCUGAAGCUGGAAUGGAAUAAAUGAAAUGGAAGAAACCAAAGUAAAAGAGGAGAAGGAGGGUGAGGAUGCAGGCCUCAGAGAGUUAACAGAACUGGAACAGACUCUAGACAAAGUGCAGAUCAGCCCCUCAUCUCCCCACCGGUCAGACCAGACGCCUGCACCAGAUCUGUCGGAAUGUCCUGCCUCGUACAGAGAGAACUCGGCCGAAGAGAUGGUGUUGCUGUCCAUGGCGGAAAACCUCAAUUCUCAGUACUCCUUAAUGUUCCCUGAUCGCAAACCGCUCCUACUUUGCCCAGUCAAUGAGUUUGGAGUACAGAAGUUUGUGAGCACCACGCUGCGGCGCAUGCUGCUACCCCACCCUGAGCUGUAUGACUGGCAGGGCUGUGCUAGUUUCAUCUCUGACUUUUUGACUUUGGAGCUGCUGGAUUGUCCAACUGAAGUGCCGAAAAAGCUCUACUCUUCGACGCACGUGGUGCGGACUCAGAGAGGUACGUGUUUCGAUUUCUCCACUUUGCUCUGCAGUUUGUUGCUGGGCGCUGGCUACAACGCCUACUGCAUCAGCGGAUAUGCUACCAAAGAGAUGUGCCUGCUCGAUCUGAGCAACCAGGAAUGUCCUCUACUCAAACUUCAGGAUACGGUUGAGGGGAAGCUGUCCGAGCAGAAGGAGAAAUCGAUGAGGUACAAGGUUAAACCUGCACGAGAACUAAAGAGCACCUUCGAGCAGAAACAGGAGGAGAAAAAAAACCAGGAGCGUCAGGGAUUGCCCGCAAAACCGCAGGAUGAUGAGAGACUAAAGGAGGAGCAGGGGCGUCACGCUGAUCCUCUGUGGGGCUUACGGGUUCACAGCUGGGUUCUGGUUCUGGCAGGGAAACGUGACAUAUUGGAUAACUUCUUCAUCGACCCGCUCUCAGGCCAAAGCUAUCCCACGUCCAGCCCGUGUUUCCUCGGCAUCGAGAGCCUCUGGAACCAUGAGAACUACUGGAUCAACAUGCAGGACUGCCGCUUCGGCUGUGCGGAGAUGAUAUAUGAACUGGAUGAUGUGCUAAAGUGGGAGUUUAUGUUGAGUAGCCCGGGUGCAACCGAACAUAAAGAUGAUCAAAUGGAUGAGACUCCAGAAGAGCCUAAGCUUUUCGAGAUGCCUCCGUCUUGGGUUGCACAAAUCCACAUCCCAGAAAAAGAUAUGGAAAGUCGUUUCCCUGGUGGGUCGAAGGUUAUCCGUUACAAGAAGGCCACGCUGGAGAAGUUCUGCCCUUAUCUCAAACCCGAUGGAUUAGUCACAAGACUCACUACGUAUGAUGACCUGGAUUGCACUCAGCUCAACACGGUCCAGGAGUGGUAUGAAAACCGUCACGAUGAGCUUCAAGAGCGAGAACUGAAAAAAGCCACCAAUAUUACUACUGAGCGUUUCUCAUCAGGAAGGAGCUUCUGUCUAAAAACUCACAGGUACAUGGAUCUUGUCCUUGGGUCGGAGCGUCUUAUGGAGUUCUACAGUAAAGCACGACAUGACAACUUGCUCAGUCGAGUCGAGACGGCGACAGAAAUGAUCGAGACGUUUCAGGGCCGCCCUGACUUCCUCUGUUACCGACAUGUCAUCUAUGGACCUUUGGAGCUGGCACAAAAAGCUGGAGAUGAGCGACCCAUUCAGAAGGUUGUGGAGAAAUUCCAAAGGAAUCGAUCCAAACCUGCCGGCGAGGAUGUGGCCGAGCUAAUAUUCCAGAUUUUGCAGAAGCGAAUCGAAGUCACGUAUCACCUAGAGGACGACAGAAUCAUUCCAAAUUUUGAGAUCUUUGAUAAACCUCCUAACCUUGAUCACCCUUUCUCAGAUGACAUGGCCUCCAGCUUUCAGGUGGACCCGUUUGCAAAACCCUUCCCAAAACUGUACCUGUACGAGACCCUCAUGGAGAUGAUACAGAAGGAGGAGAAAGCCUUAAUGAGUAUCAAGGAAUCUAAGAAAGAAGUGAGGGAGAUCCUCAAGGUAAGAAGCCAAGAGGAGAGUGCCAUUAAGCUGAAGAUCUCCAUCUACGACAUGGCUAGGAACGAGAAGGCGUGCCUGCACGUGGAAAAGCAGAAACACCUGGCCCAGGAGAUGCAAUUAAAGAAAGAAUACGAGGAUGUGGACAUCUUGUCUCCGUUCCUGGCUCAGCUGGGAAACCCCAAGUCCCUGUCCAGACAGCAGGCCAUGCAGAUCCGUGCUAGCUGCCUCGAAAGCCUGAAGCAGAGACUUAUAGACAGGGCCAACUGUAUCCAGGCUCGGUUUGAAAAGGAGACUCAGGAGCUCCUGCAGAAGCAGCAGUGGUACCAGCAGAACCAGGAUAACUUGACAAAAGAGGAAGAGGAAAAGUAUUUGGCGUACUGCUCCGAAGCCAUGUUCAGAAUCCAAAUUCUGAAGCUGCGGCUCAGCCGCCACAAGGAGAGCGCACCACAGAGGUAUCAGGCCCUGGACAAGAAGCUGAAACAAGAUCUCAGACUCGUACAGCAUCUGGACUGACACCCUCUCGUAAACUCUUUAAAUUAUUUUUCAUUAAUUUGCUCAUUUGGUUGUUCAUUUCUCCCUUUUUAAAACUCUACACUGGCCGCCAAAAAAAUAAGUCAUAUACAAUAGCCAUGGCAUUUUUUCGAGAAGCUUAUGUAAAGGUUUACUUUUUUUUUGCAUAAUAUAAACUGCACUAAAGAUAGUUACAGUACAUAAAUAAUUCUACAGUUCGUUGUGGUACUACGGUACAGUUCAUGCGAUAGAACAAAGAAUUAAAAUAAGGGCUAAAACAAGAAACCCAAAAUAAUUAACCCCAAAACAUAAUACCACAAUACACAGAAUGGGUGUAUCACUUCUUCCUCCACUCUUCUCACCCUGAUGAGCCAAUCAUUCUGAAAAUGGGUAAAUCUGGACUGAUCAGACCACAUGACGCUCCACAGUCCGUUUUUUAUGCUUCCUAGCAAAUUGAAGCCCCUCAUAUUAGUCUCACUAAUAAGUGCUUGUGGAGAAGUUCUUACUUUCACUAUUAAACCUAGCCAGGAGUUGUAGUGUUUUUUUGUACGAUUUGAUUUCAAGUGUUUAAAGUUCGUGAUCCUCCAUCAUGCUCAUUAAGGAUGUUUUUCCAACCACAUCUCUUCCCCAAUAACGGUGCACCACUAUCCAUCCGUCCAUGUGAUUUUCAUUUUUUAACCCCAAUUAAGUAGUUUCAGCAGUCUCCUUAGUUGUUUUCUUGGCUUCAGACAGUACAGUAAUUUGAUUAUUCUGAAAUAGUCGUAUAUUUGCCAUGACCACAGGAUAUUUCUUCUGACAUGGUUGUUUAACAAACAUAAAGCAACUCCGGCAUCAGAGUUAAAUAAAUUGUUGCCACUGAAGUAUUGUUGUCACUGCAGUAAUUAUUUUUUGGCCACA